AUGGAGGCGGACCCACCGGUUGUCAGGAGUGACCGUAUCUACAGAACCUAUUGGCUCUACUGGCGUCUCUUGGGUGUCGAGGGCGAGUAUCCAAUGCGACAUUUACUCGAUGUAAUGCUCAAUUUCUUCGUGACCAUUUGGUAUCCCACACAUCUAAUCAUUGGCUUGUUCCGCGAGCGGACCAUGAGGGAUGUGUUCAAGAAUCUACCCUUUACGGCGGAAAGUUUCUUCUGCAGCUUCAAAAUAAUCUGCUUUCGUAGGCGAUUAUCAGAGAUCAAGGAAAUUGAACGGCUGCUCAUGGAAUUGGAUCAGAGAGCCGCAAGUCCAGAGGAGCGUAGAUUCUUUCAUCAGAAUACGCGCAGUGUGGCGGAAUUCAUUUCGAAAAGUUAUGUGGCAGCUGGCAUAUCGGCCACCGUGACGGGCACAGCCUCUGGUUUGUUCAGCAGCGGACGAACGUUGCUGUAUCCUGCGUGGUUUCCCUACGAUGUUCAGGCCUCAGCCCUCAGUUAUUGGAUUAGCUUCGCCUAUCAGGCCACUGGAGCGAGUCUUACGAUUCUGCAGAAUAUGGCCAAUGACUCGUAUCCCCCGAUGACAUUCUGUGUGGUUACUGGACAUGUGAGACUCCUAUCCAUGCGUUUGAGUCAAAUGGGACACCAUGAAGGGGCUUCAAAAAAACUCAUUGAAAAUAUCGAGGAUCACAGGAAGUUAAUGCAAAUUGUCCGCUUGAUGCACAGCACACUGUAUCUGUCACAGCUGGGGCAGUUCAUCUCCAGUGGCAUCAACAUUUCCAUAGUCCUCAUUAACAUACUUUUCUUUGCGGAGAACAGCUUUGCGAUUAUCUACUAUGUGGUCUACUUCAUGGCCAUGGUGCUGGAGCUCUUUCCGAGCUGCUACUACGGCACUUUGAUGGCCAUGGAGUUCAAUAAGCUGCCAUAUGCCAUCUUCUCCAGCAAUUGGCUUGGAAUGGGCCGUAAAUACUGCCGCACUCUGCUCAUUCUGAUGCAGUUCACGCUUGCGGAGGUGGGUGUCAAGGCGGGCGGAAUGGUCGGCAUCAGCAUGAACGCGUUCUUUGCCACUAUACAAAUGGCCUACUCCUUCUUCACCCUGGCCAUGUCGUUCCGGUAA